ACGACGGGGUGGGGGGGGCGGGGAAGGAAAGAGGUCGCGGGAGGCCGGGCGCCCCGAGGAUCCGGAGUCGUCGUCGUCGCCGCCAUCGUCGUCGUUCUCUCGCCAGGCCGCCAGCAUGUCCACUGUGGUUCCCGCGCCAGAGGAGGAGGAGGAGGACCGGCCCGUCCAGAAAACUCCCCAGGCCGACCCCCAGCCGCCCAGCAAGAAGGAAGAAAGCGAAGAGGAGGAAGAGGACGACGAUGAAGAGGAGGAGGAGGAGGAAGAAAAAGAAAAGAGUCUCAUCGUGGAAGGCAAGAGGGAAAAGAAAAAAGUGGAGAGGCUGACGAUGCAAGUGUCUUCUUUGCAGAGGGAACCAUUUACAAUUGCGCAAGGCAAGGGACAGAAACUCUGUGAAAUUGAAAGAAUACACUUCUUUUUGAGUAAGAAGAAAACGGAUGAACUUAGAAAUCUACACAAACUUCUCUACAACCGACCAGGCACAGUAGCCUCGCUGAAGAAGAACGUGGGACAGUUUAGUGGCUUUCCCUUUGAAAAAGGAAGUGAUCAAUAUAAAAAGAAAGAAGAAAUGUUGAAAAAGUUUAGAAAUGCCAUGUUGAAGAACAUCUGUGAAGUCCUUGAUUUGGAGAGAUCUGGCAUCAACAGCGAGCUGGUGACCCGAAUCUUGAAUUUCCUAAUGCACCCAAAGCCAUCUGGCAAGCCUUUGCCCAAGUCCAAAAAAACCCCCAGCAAGGGGAGCAAAAAGGAACGGAGCAGCUCGGGAACAGCCAGGAAGGCCAGACGGACCAAGUGCCCUGAGAUUCUGUCAGACGAAUCAAGCAGUGAGGAGGAUGAGAAGAAGGAAAAGGACGAGUCUUCCGAAGAGGAGGAUAAAGAAAGCGAAGAGGAGCCACCUAAAAAGACAUCUAGAAAGGAAAAGGCAAAACCAAAAACUCCUAAAAGCAGAAAAGCUGUAAAGAGUGCUAACGUCAAGAAAGCAGACAGCAGCACUACAAAAAAGAACCAAAACAGUUCCAAAAAAGAUUUAGAAAGUGAGUCUGAAGACAGUUCCGAUGAUGAGCCUUUAAUUAAAAAAUUGAAGAAACCCCCAACAGAUGAAGAACUGAAAGAGACUGUGAAGAAGCUAUUGGCCAAUGCUAAUUUGGAGGAAGUUACCAUGAAACAGAUUUGCAAGGAGGUGUAUGAAAACUAUCCGGCUUACGAUUUGUCUGACAGAAAGGACUUUAUCAAAAAGACUGUUAAAGAGUUGAUUUCCUGAGGCAGAAGAGGUUUAGAGACCGCCGAUUUGGCCUGUUCCCACGGGAGGCUGAGAUCUGAUAUACACCAGCAAUAAGAAUGUAUUUCCUUUUCUAAAUCCUUAUUGGAGUAAUAUUAAGCAGACCUGACUGCUGACUGUAUCCUGAGUGUUCUGUAUAUUUUUGUUUUCUCCUUUUAAAUUGCAUCUUUAUGCAGUUUUAUUAGUUGGAUUUUUUUUUUUUUUUUGGCAUGGCAAUGGAUGUCCCCUGCUUUUUUAUAGUUGUGUAUUUUGUACAUUUUGGAUUUCUUUAUAUGAUGUCAUAGAUCUUCGAACCAAUGUAGCUUUUAGUGUGCUUAAGCCUGCUUAUGAAAACUUUUAAUAAUCAAAUAGAACAAAAGCUGUUAACUCUCAGCAUGUGCACAUGAAGAGAUCACUGGACGAUUGCAGUAUUUGGUAUAUAGAAUAUUUUGAAUACACGUCCAACUCUGAAACUCCCCGACCCAGCUUUACGCCGGCGUGUUCAUUAUAUUUGAAAUAUACGAUCUACGUGCUACAGAUGGCCAGACUUCUAAAUCUGAACUCUCAUUCUGCAUGUGCGCGCGCACUGUGCGGAUUUUCAGAGCAUGAGAAACUAAUCGGCGUAGAUGUUAUUUUUGUACUUUUAAAAUUUCGUUGUAUAUAAAAUUUUCAUAUUUCUUUUGUCAAACCAACUUUUUAAUCUAGUUCCCCGUAGACCUCUAACGUACAAUGUCAGUGUUCAGCCAGUGGGCUGCGUUGGGAAAGCGAAAGAAGCAAGCGCAGUGAGAACAGUCACAUCCUUGACUUUCCCCCGUUUGGCCGUGGGAGCGUAAUUAUAACCACCUGCAGCGGGCUCCGUCGAGAGGCGUCUGCCGAUGGGGCCUGUCCCGGGGUUAAGUCGGCCUCGCAGCCACGUGCGGGACGUCCGCAGGUGCUCCGGGGAGGGCCGCAGAGUCUCGUCUCCACUUCCCGCCUCCGUCGGCGCACCGAACGUCGCAAAUGAAUUCUCUAAGGACGACGAGAGGGUCCCGUCGGACAGUGGGAGACGGCGCCUUUUAGCUGGCUUUACGAGCUCAUUCGAGUCGCGGAGCCCGUUCCGGGGUCUCGAAUGAUCCCCGCCGACCGUUCCGGGCCACAGAUCGACCCGCCCCCUCCUUGGCUCGAGCGGGCCGCAUCCUCAGAUCGGCGUGUCGUCGCGUUGGUUCUGGCGGUGACUGCCCUCUCCGCUGCAGCCAAAGUAUUGCUCAAGAGCUCAGAGUUCAUUUGUAAAUGCCACUUUUUUAUACAUCGAGCGGGAGUCUUCGUUUUAAACCUCGAUACUAGGAUUUCAGCCAGUCAGGGUGACCGUUGAUCUCCGUACUCUAAAAAUUACUGCGUUGCACACGGUCCUCCGUAAUGAAACCGAAAGGAUCGCACGGGCGGGGUUUUAUAUCGAGUACCUUUAAUGCGUCCGUCUUUAGCCGUAUUACUGUCUCUGAUGAAAACCAAUUUAUUCUCUCUGGUUGGAGAAGAAUCCCGGUAUUGUCGUUUGGUGUUCAACUGUCCUCGCACCGAGGCGCGAGGGGCGGGUAAAAAUCCAAGACCUCGAUUCGACCCUUUCGCCGGCAACACGGACCGUUUGCGUUUCCUUCCGUGGACGUCAGAUUUGACACGGACAGAGUUCUCAAAAUAGGUAAAGGCGUGCCUAGUUAUCGGUCUCCUUCAGGUAGGAACCAAGAUUGGCUCCUGAUUUUAAUGAAAUUGUCAAUGAAAGAAAUUAAAAAUUGUGACUGCUUUAACCCUCUCUUAAA